AGAAAGUCAAAGGUUCUUAGGUCAGUAAAAGGCAAAAACCAGGAAGUGUUAAUGGUAUCACGCACUUGACUAUAAUAUCCUGCACUUGACAAGAUUUACAGUAAAUAUGUUCUGGCUCCGAGAAACUACUCCGAGAAACAUUCGUUGUGGUUUGCAGUUAAGUUAAUUUUAAAUACUUGAAUCAAAGAAAUUUUAUGUGCUAGAAUAUGUGAAAAGGAAAUUAUAAAAAAGUAUGUCCGUGAAAACCUUGUGGUGGUUAUACCGUAUCAUUUUUAAACAAGAAGAUCUUUUGUUGUUAUAUCUGUAAUGUUUUUUUUUUCUUAGGAAAAUUUUAAAUACCAUGCUUCAGUCCAAAAUUCUUUUUUCAGCUUUCUUCAGUGUAGUUUAUAUGAACUUAUGACCCUUUUUUUUUCUUUCUUUUUUACCCAAUUUUAAUUAUGUUUUAUCAAGUAUACAUAAUGUAAUAAUAUUUCUGUUUAUUGAUAUAUAAAUAAUACUAAUAAGUCAUAAAUCAAAACUCAGAUAAAUGUGUUGAUUCUUUGGAUGUAUCAGGUUUUCACUACACAUAUUUGAUUCAGCCAGUAUAUGUUUAUAUGCAUAUAUAUUACUAUAAUGGUUUUGUUAUGUUACUUGUACGUUUCUCUAGAACGCAAGAUUUACCGGUUAAUAUAUGUCAUGUAGGUGAAAUUUCCGCAAAUUAUAUAUGCGUUUCCUGAAAAGUCGUAUAUACAAGCUUUUCUUUUCAGUGUGUAUAUACAUGUUAGUCACUUCAUCUUUUGAUGGAGAAGAAAAGGAAAUUUAAUGGCGAGGAAGCAAAUAGUGAGACUGCUGUUGGACAUGUCACCGGUUGUGAAGAUGCAGCUGACGAUUCUACCAAUAAAAAACAAGCAAAUUCUAAUGAUGUGUUGUCAUCAGAAAGUUUAGCUAGGCAUGCGCAGUGUAUAAUCGACGAUAUGGAAGUGAAGAGGAAAAACGAUGAGACUUUAAUAGCUGAAUUUCGCAAGACGAUGGAAAUACAGACAGAGAGUUGGUGUCAAGCAUUAGAAAAUACACUUGCGAAGCUAUAUGAGAAGAACAAUGAAGUAUGUCAGGAGAAAUUGCAGCAAUUAUACGCCAUUCUUGGAAGAAUAAAUCAACUCGAACAAGAGAUGGGAGCAUUUAAACAAUCGUUGAAAUUGUUAUACACGGACGUUGAAACCUCAUAGUUAUACUUCUGUGUUUUUUAAUUUACAAUUCUCACUAAAAUAUCCGAAAAGCGGUUUCUGAAUCAAGUCUUGUGUUACGGGAGAAUGUAUGUUAUAAUUUAUCUUUGUAGUAUUGUGACGUCAAAUUUGUAGUUAUAUAUAUUAAUUACUAUAUUUAUAUUUAUGUUUAAGUUAUUUUUGUUAUUGUUUAUAUUUUGUGAAUAUGAAUUUUAAAAGUUGUAAAUAAUUGUUGAAAUUUCAGAUAA